AUGGAUGCUCUUCAGACUGAAAACAAAGUCAUUGAAGAGCUGAAACCAUCAGCCGCAGCAUCCACAAAAAAGCCCACCAACCGACCCGCCAUGCAAAUUUACCGUCCUCCUGGACUUCGAUCCGACGGCUCGUCUUCAACGUCAGCCGCCACGACAACAUCGUCAACGAAACCGAAGCAGGCAGCCGGUCAAAAGCUGUCCUCCAGCGAUUGUGACUCAAAUGUCACUUCACACAUAUUGAAAGAAGAAAACAAUAACAAGAAAGAUUGCGGCGAGUCGACGAGCUCACGUGCCAGCUCGCGCGCUUCCAACAACAUAUCGUCAGACGAUCGGCACACGAACGGAAGUUUAAAACGGACUGAAAGUUCAUUGAGCUCUGAAUCGAGCCCUUCGUCGCAGAAAUCCUAUGGUUCUAACUCGAAUAAGCUGAAUGGCCAAUACGUCGGCGGAGGCGCCCAUCAGCAAUACAACAAGAGGAUCAACAGUUCGAAGAAGGAACAUCAAAAGAAGAAAGUGAUGAGUGAGCAUGAAAUUGAAAAAGCUAUAACUGAAUUGAGAGCUCUUCAAUUACAUUCUCAUGCGUCGCAAAUCGAACAAUGGAUUGGAGGAGCUUUCUGUGAUGAGGAACUCGCCGAAUGCAUCGGAUCCGCAUUAUGUCGCCAUGCAAUUGAAGGUGGCGGUGGUAGUGGAGUUGGAAAAUUGUGCGCCAACUUCAAAUACGCUCCAUCUAUCGGCUCCUUUGUCAAGGGACUUAUCGUGGCUCUAUCCCAAUAUCUGGAAUGCCGUCAUAAAAUUCGCGAGGAUCAUUUCCGAAUGUGGAUUUCGUUUAUUCAAUUUUUGACUGAACUCUAUUCCAAUUUGGGAUCAGAUUCCAAAGGAGAACUUGCCACCAUUGUGUUCGACGUCUUCAAUUAUCUUCUUCGUCCACCAAUUCUAGAACAUGUCAAAAUUCAAGAAUUGGAAUGUCUCAUUUCGAUUUUGAUCAAGGGAGGGUACGACUUGGAGAGAGAAUGUCCCGAUCGGUUGGCGUUGCUAAAGGAUCUGAUCAGGGAUGCAUUCAUUGACGUCUCCGAACCAUGGGCUCGCAAAAUGAUCCUUCUCCUUCUGGAACUCGGCGCAUCAAGCUGGAAACUUCCAACCGAUGCGAAUGAGUACUAUUUCAAUGAGACUGCUACCUAA